AGAUGGCCUGGGUGUCAGGGGGAAGAUACUGUGGGUUUCCAGAGUUUUCCACUGGCAGACUUUAAAUGGGAGUGCUGGUGUGGUGGAGGGGUAAAAGAAGGCAUGUUCCUCCCUUAGCAGCAGCUGAUACCAUCCAUCCUAAAAAUAUCCACCCCACACACACAGAAGCCCAGGGUAGAGUGACCAGACCACCACCACCACGUUUCAGGAGCUGUGGUUAAAGCUACUGGAUACUCCAGAUUAAAGAAUCCAAACUCUGUUUACUGCAGAAAGCUCUCUCUGAAAACAGCAACAUGCCCAAGAUUGUAAGGCCGGAUGACUGCCAGCCUGCCAAAACCAUUUGGUACGACCGCAAAAAGUAUAUUACAAUAAACUUCCUGAUUCAGAAACCAAAGAAUGUUCAAGUUGAUAUUCAGGACACCAAAAUCAUCUUAAGCUGCAAAGAUGAUGAGGACAACAACAUUUACAAUGAAAUUGAAUUUUAUGAUCGAGUGUACAAAAGCGACUCGAGGGAGAAGGUGUGCGAUCGCACCAUCAAUGUUUUGAUAAGGAAAGUGAAAGACAAUGUAGCAUGGCCUCGACUCACGAAAGACACAGCUAAGCCAGCCUGGUUAUCAGUAGACUUUGAUAACUGGAGAGACUGGGAACACGAAGAGGAAGACGGCAUGGCAGAGUAUGAAGGCUACAUGGAUAUGCUUUCUGAUAUAAAAACUAAAGGAGUGGCUCCCUCUAUGGAUGACCUGGAUGAUCUAAGUGACUGAGAGACAAGAUCAAUUUUACCCAGGAAUCCUGGAUUCUCAUUUUAAACAGCUGACCAGUUAGUUCUUCUUUUUAAAAAUGUAUCCCUUAUAAAUUUUUGAUCUUUUUUAUAUUUGCUAAUAAACAAUAGUUGGUUACAAGUGGUUUUAUAAUUAUUAUUAGAUAGGUCUUUCCUUUCUUUGUGUUGCAACCCUGGAAGGAUCCUGCUAAAAAAAUCCAGCUGGUAAUCCAGGAAACACAUACCCUAUGCAGGUAGAUUAACUCGUUAACUAGCUCCUGAUCAGCACCAGUAUGUUUCCUCUAGAUGACCAGCAUGAUUUUUCAGUAGGGGAGCUGAGCCGCGUUUUAGGGCCACUCUUAAAAAAAAAAUAAAAACAGUUCUCUUUGAGAAUAUAGUCUUAAUAUUACGAGAUUAAAGUAGUUAUAUUACAAGAUUAAAGCUGUAAUAUUACAAGAAUAAAGCAGAAAUAUUACAAGAUUAAUGUUGUAAUUUUACAAGAUUAAAGUCAUAAUAUUACGAGAUUAAUGUUGUAAUUUUACAAGUUAAAAGUCAUAAUAUUACGAGAUUAAUGUUGUAAUUUUACAAGAUUAAAGUCAUAAUAUUACGAGAUUAAUGUUGUAGUUUUACGAGUUUAAAGUCAUAAUAUUGCAAGAAUAAAGUCGUAGUAUUUUGAGGGAAAUGUAGUUCUAACGGCUUGGGCUGCAGUUAAAGAGCGGAGCACGGCGGGAGGGAAAGGAGCAUUUUCUGCUCAUGACCUGUUACAGCUGCUGUGAUUACCAUAGCACAUAAUACAGUGUCCAGAUUUUCCCAUGGUGGCGUCCCGGUAGCCUUUUACCUGCUUUUAUUUGGCCCUUAAACAUCAUCAUAGUAACAUAUAUUAUUGUUUCAGAUGUUUUGUUGAAUGGAAUUAUGGAAUUUACAUAAUUUAUGUAACUUGCAAUUCUUUUCUGAUUUUCUACAUUGUAGAUGAAUAGUGAAGACAUCAACACUAUGAAGGAAUGCAUAUACAAUUAUGAAGUAAGCAAAAAGUGUUAAACAAGCCAAAAUAUAUUUUAUCAAAGUAUCUGCUUUUGUUUGGAUACCUUUUUUUGUCUACUACCUAACUGCAUGUGUGUUCCUCCAUAGUUUGUAAUUAAGUCUUUAAUAUUAAAGUUGUAUUGUACACUUUAUUAUUCUUCUUUUGUAUUUUUGGGAUCUGAAACAUUUAAAAUGUUUUAAACAUGUUUAUUUCAAAACAUAACUUUUUUUGCUGUAAGAAACUCAAAGAAAUAUACAAAUUAAAAUUUUGUUAAAGGGUUAAUGUUUUUGUAAACAUACAAAUUGUUGCAUAUCGUCGCUGUUCAAUGAAAAAAACAGUAUAUAUAUAUCUUUUGUCUUUUUUUUUGUUUAAUACAUAAUUUGUACACACAAACUGUCCCUUACACUGUAUCAAAAUGUCUUGAUAAAUAGACCAAUUGAAAUUACUCUAUUUAUAUAAUUAAAUUUAUAUAUUUAAAUUAACUCUAUUUACAGUGACUUCAACUGAAAUUAAAGAAGAUUUGGUACCACUUUAAAAUAAGACAUUACAAAGUGUUUAUAAAUGGUUUACAAUAAGUUUAUUAAUGGUUACUAAUUAGGUUGUAAAUGCCUUAAAAAUCAUUAAUAAUCAGUUAUAACACAUACGUAGAAAGGGCAACAAUAUAGAUGCUGUGGAUUUGCUAUUUGGCAAACAACAGGUAAUUGUUGCUCUUUCUAUGUAUGUGUUAUAACUGAUUAUUAAUUACUUUUAAGGCAUUUACAGACUAAUUAGUAACCAUUAAUAAACUAAUUGUAAACCAUUUAUAAACCCUUUAUAAAGGUAGUCUUAUUUUAAAGUGGUACUGAAGAUUUUUUCUCUCUCCUGUAAAGUUUCUGUUUUGGAGAUACAUGUUUUUCAUUGGACAGUGACAAAAUAUCCAAAAUAUUCCCUCUGUCUCAAAAGGUCAAAGGUUUUGCUGUGAAAAAAAGAAGCUACAUGCAUUUCUUUUUCUACUGUAUUGUAUUGUAUGGUAUUGUACUGUAUGUUUACUAACAAUAUCUCUGAAUAUUUGAUUGUUUCCUAUUUUUCUAUGCUAUUGCUUUGUACAGACAUUCAUGCAUUUCAUUUGUGCAGUACACUAAAAUCAAAUAGUUAUUCAGUUGUUCACACACAAAAAUAAACAUGUUGCACUUUGUAA